AGAGCACCCCCGAUAGCUUUCCAACAUUAGUAAACAAGUUCUUAACAGCAUAUCAAGAAACCAACCAGUUUGCCAUAGAUUCUUUAGCAGAUGCCUAUAACAGUGAAACUUUGAAAGAGAAUCUUCAGGAUAAUAAUAUGACGCAAGAUAACCACUGA